UUAUUUCUACUGCAAAUUUUGUUGCUGUUAAUAAGUUAUUUUUGGUGUAAGGGAAUAUUCAUGUUAUGAAAAGUAGCUUAGGCCUAUAUCGUAAAAUGUUGAUAUUAUUUAAUUAUUUAGCCUUAUAAGAGUUUAAAAUUUAAUGAACAACGUGUCCCAGGUCAUCUUUACUAUAAUUCGUAACAAGUUUGGAAUACUAAAUGUAGUAAAUUACACACAGCAAGUAAUUCCGUUGUUUCUAAACGCAGUAUCUUCUUUCACUUGUGCGAAAAAUAAAGCAUUUGCUGGCGAAAUAACUUUUUAUUUUGAUGGCGUCAAUCAUAAUUGUGGUUAUAAAUACAAAGAUAUAAAAAAAUAUGUGAGAUAUUUUACGACUAUAAAAUUAACUAUUACAUAAAAUUAUAGUCAAAAAAUCUAAAAUUGUUUUAAAAGAAGGUCAACGUGAGCUUGUAGGAAAAUGGCGGAAAGAAUAAUGGCGUCUAUUUCUUUUGACAGCGAAAUGAGAACUCUAUGUGUAUCUCUUUCUAACUCGUGGAACUUCUCAUAAACCACUGGGCACGCGUAGUGAUCAAUAUGUCCACGUGAUCUGUCGUCAGUCGCGACUCGCGUAAUUGCAAAUGCAAAAUGUACAGGAAAGAAACGUUUGUGUUACAAUGAAAUCGUAAAUAUUUUGUUAUUUUAAGUUGUAGUGUAUUAGUUUUAAAAUGCCUGCGUCUAUUGGUGUCAAUUUACGUGUAACUGGCCACUGCAGCCAAGGCGGGAGAAAGUAUAUGGAAGACUUGUUUUCCGUUGCUUAUCAACAAACUGAAGACGAGAGGGAUUUGGAGUAUGCUUUCUUCGGGAUAUAUGAUGGACAUGGCGGGAGCGAAGCCGCAGCAUUUGCUAAAGAGCAUUUGAUGGACUCAAUAGUGAAGCAGAGACAGUUCUGGUCGGACAAUGAUGAGGAUGUACUCAAAGCAAUCAGAAAUGGUUACAUGUUGACCCACUUGAACAUGUGGAAAGAGUUAGAAAAAUGGCCAAAAACCGUUACUGGGUUACCAAGCACGGCGGGUACAACCGCAAGCAUAGCUUUUAUACGCCGUGGAAAAAUAUAUAUUGGUCAUGUCGGAGACUCGGCAAUUGUACUCGGUUACCAAAAAGAUGAUUGUGAGGAGUGGGCUGCAAAACCAUUAACAUCAGACCACAAACCAGAAUCCACAACUGAAAUUGAGCGCAUACAGAGAUGUGGAGGAAAAGUUAUCUCCAAAGCUGGUGUCCCUCGCGUUGUGUGGAACAGACCUCGCCUAGGACACAAGGGACCAAUCAAGAAGAACACGCCAAUGGAUGAGAUACCAUUUUUAGCAGUAGCAAGGUCGCUUGGCGACCUGUGGAGUUAUAAUCCACAAAAUGAUGAGUUUAUAGUAAGCCCCGACCCUGAUGUCGGCGUGUUGACUAUCGACCCGUCUAAGUUUCGGUGCCUGAUAUUCGGAACCGAUGGUUUAUGGAAUAUGAUCUCCCCGGAAGGGGCUGUCAGUCUAGUGCAGGCGACGGAGCGGCACAACGAAGCCGCGCUUGUCGGAGGCAGCGGGAAUCAGCCCCGAGAUUGGUUGAACCCGUCCAAAAGUCUAGUGGAUCAUGCGUUAGAAAGGUGGUCAAAUACGAGAAUGCGAGCCGACAACACGUCGGUGGUGACGCUGAUGCUGGACCCGCCGGGCCCGCCGCGCGCCACGGUGCUGCGCUCCCGCAGCGGCGCGGGCCGGCCGCAGCCCGCCGCGCCGCCCGCGCCCGCCGCGCCGCACGAGCCGCGCCCCGACGCCGAGCCCGACGCGCGCCCCGUGCCGCAGAACGGCCUCACCAUCAUGACGCGCUACUCCGACGCCGAGCGCGCGCCCGCGCCGCCGCCCGCGCCCCCCGCGCCUCUGCCGCCCUGCGCCACGCUGGACGCGCGCCUGCCCGCGCCGCCCGACACGCCGCGCGACCCGCCCGACCCUGAGGACGCCGACGCCAUCCUCAACUACGGCAACCCUGCAGAGUCUUACUUCAUGGCGCGACUCCUCAAUAGGACGCGCGUCAUCAACACCUUAUCCGCGGUUCACGAGGAGAUUGCUGGCGCCCCUGAGCAACGGGAACCUUCAGAGCCUCGCGAGACGGAACCCGUGCCGGCUACUGUUGUACCAGACGUCGACGCGGAAACUGACGCGUCUACUGCUGCUCGUCCUCCACUGCCACCCCGAACUUCAACCGCCGAGCCCGUCGUACCAGUUACUGAACCCGCGCAAUCUGACGACGACGUCGGUAUCCAGAUCAAUGAAGUGUCCUCUAGUUCCCCAACCGAGGGGCCGCCGAGGCCACGUGGCCGCAGGCCUCGCACCGACCUCAGACGCGAUCCGCCGCCAGCCGCACCGGACCGUGUGCUACGCUCGCACCAUGACGCCGAGCCGCCGCAGCGCCCACAGACGCGUCAGUCCGCCACGCGGGCUCGCCCUGCCGCUCCCGCCCCCACACCAGCUCUCGACCGUGUCGUCAUCCUUACGAGGCGAGCACCGGCGGCGCCUCCCGCGCCUCCGCCGCCACCCCGCAGCGAGCGACCCGCACCCACCGAUGCGAAGCCUGCCGGGCGACGCGUCGCUCCUGCACCUGCCACGACCGAACCAGUUAACGUCGAAGAAGACGCGAAGCGGAGCGGUACCCGCGCAACGCGCUCUCAGGGUGCUCAGGGGGUAACGCCACUAGCUCAGAAGAUAACUCGCAGCAUAGGAAUGUACGCGCGCGAGCUGCGCGGUGCUGCGGCGGCGGCGGCGGCCGCGGCGGGCGCCCGGGCGGGAAACUCGGCGCGCGCCCCGGGCCCGGCGCGGCGGGCCACGGCGGCGCGCCGCCCGCCCCCCGACCGCUCGAAGGAGAACCUCGGCGCCGCGAGGGGCCGCGCCCGCGCCCGCGCCGCGCCCGCCGCCUCGCCGCCGCAGCCCUCGCCGCGCCCGCGCACGCGCCGCGCGGAUAGCGCGCACGACGAGGUGCACUCCACCACGGGCGAGCCGCGCGCGCCGCCGCCGCCCGACGCCUGCGCCGGCGCGCCCGCGCCCGCCCGCCCGCGCGCGCUGCGCUCCCGCAACGACGCGGCCUCGCCGCCGCGCGCGCGCGACCAGCCCGCCUGCAAGCGCGCGCGCUGCGGGGACGACGGCGGCGGCGCCAGCAAGGCGGCCCGCCUGGCGCCGGAGCGCUGCGCGCGGGCGCUGGGCAAGCGCGCGACGGGUCCGUGGGCGCCGGCGCUGGCGCUGCGCAACCGCCUGCGCCGGCGCCUCGCCAAGUAG